AUGCGGCGUGAGCUUUCCGAAUUGUGGAGACAGAGUUGCUCUGAUUCUCGUGUCCACCACGACCAAGACGAUUCCUUCGUACAGCUGUCCCACUUACCUGAGUCUGUGCUCCGGGACUUCAAGGCGGCCCAUUCCCCUUAUCUCGAGGGCACCUUCUCGGUCUCCCACCAAUCUUUGUUCGAAAACGCGCCUCCCGAUUGCACCGGCAGAUCCCUAGAUCCAGAGUCCUCCUCCAUUGGCGAUGGAAGAAGCGAAUAG